AUGCGAGGAUCAGUACGAUGGAUGCUUCUCAGCGACAUUCACUUCGGGCGUCGUGAUCCGGAUCACGUAUGGCGGACGGCGCAGUGGAUUGUUGCCGAGGCAGAGCGAAACAAGAUCACACGGGCGGUGAUCUGUGGCGACCUGUUAACGAGCCGUACCAUGCAGUUGACACAUGUGUUGUCUGCGUGCUAUCGCUUCAUCGGCCUCCUCAGCGAUGUCGUGCCGCGGGUCCACAUAUUACUGGGCAACCAUGACCUCGCCUACCGCCGUGACUAUCAGACCACGGCCCUUGCCGUCUUCAACAUCAACCGCAUGGCCCCGUAUGUGUCGUUGCAUAAUGGUAUCGCUCACCACGAAUGGGACGGCCGGCGUGUCUUGCUGCUGCCAUUCCGUGAGGACCAGAACGAGUUGACAGAAGCCGUGGCUGCUCUGGGCCCCAACGAAGCGAGCGAGACGGUUGCUUUUGCCCAUCUGGCAAUCAACAAGGCCAUCAUGCAGCGCCACGUGGUUAGCACCGACAUCGACAAGCCUCAUGUGACGAGCUCCAUAUCGUACCGGGGCUUAACGGGCCCGGAUCGGUUCGCCUCUCUAGCCCGAACCUUCACAGGGCAUUUCCAUAGCCACCAAACCAUCCGCAACAAUGAUGGUCUAGGAGGCAGCAUCACUUACCUAGGCUCGCCCUUGCAGCUGAGCUGGGCCGACCUCCUCGACGAGCGGCGGGGCGUUGUCUUGUUCGACCCAGAAACGCUUGAGCACGAGCUGCUCGUCAACCCACAUGCUGUUAGUUACACAACGGCCAACAUACAGCAAGUUCUUAACGGCCAGGUCGACAAAAGUGCUGUGGCAGAUAAGCAUGUGAUGCUCGUCGGCCAACAUAACUAUCUCAACUACGUCACGGCUCGUGAUAGACUGACCUCGCGACAAUUGGAGGCGCGAAGCGUGCGCAAGUGGAUUCCGAAGGGAUUUGCCUUGAACACCGACCACACUUCCUUUGGUGGCCUCGGCGCAUCGGUCCCGGAGAGCGAUGCUGCUGUACAGCUCUCAGAAUGGCCCAUUGAAGGUCGGAAGAGCCUUGAUGCGACUAGGGACAGCGUUCCAGAUUCUAGUGCUGAUAAUGAACCUCGGGCUGAAACACUCAAUCUCGCUGCAGAAGCUCGCAAGUAUAUCAAGUCAGUAGAAAUGGACGAGGAUCUUCUUCUACGACGCGACGAGUUGGUGCGGGUUGGUCAGCGAAUAAUCCAAGUCUCCCCUGAGGUGGAAGACCAGGAUGGCGAGGCCAAGCUCAGCUACAGAGACUUCCUCAAUCCGUCAUCUCAAGCUGUCGGCACAAAGACUGCCACUGAGCUGGCAGGGCCAUCAACCCACGUCUUUGUAGCUGAGCCGCGAACGCUCACAAUCACUAAUUUUCUUGGCGUGCAAGGAACGAUUACCGUCGACUUUCGAAGGAACCUUCCGCGCGGAUUGACCUUUUUGGUGGGCGAUAACGGUUCAGGUAAAAGCACACUGGUCGAGGCCAUGGUUUGGUGCCAAUUCGGGCAGUGCAUUCGCAGCGGAUUGCUUGUCGGCGAUGUCGUCAACGAUAAUGCGAGAAAAGACUGCUCCGUCAUCCUAGAGUUUGCCAACGGGUACACGAUCGCGCGGCAUCGCAAGCACAAGAUGUACGGCAAUCGCGUUAUUGUCUCACUGCAAGGUGAACCGCAGACGCAGCUCGAGCUCCCAGAUGCGCGAACGACACAAGAGGCCAUCAAUGAGCUGCUUGGCACCGACUACGAGACAUAUAUCAGGACAGUUGUGUUGAGCCACGAGAGUGCAGCGAGCUUUCUUAGCUCGACGCCGGCGCAGCGGCGUAACUUGAUUGAAGCAUCGCUUGGAUUGUCGAUGUUGGAUCAAUGCGGCCAGGUAUCAAGAUUGCUGCUCAAGGAUAUCGAUAACGAUGUGAACAAGGUGCAGAGCAAACUGGAGGCAUCGCUCAUGAACAUGGAGUACCUGGAAAGACGGCUCACAGAGAUGAAUCGAACACAGAGGCGACUACAAAAAGACAUGGAGGAGGCUGGCGAAUCCGUGGCGACAGCUACACAAGAGCUUGCAACUGCCGACUUACGGAUGAAUAAAGUAUAUCCUAGCGAGGAUAAUACAUCAUUCAGACACCAGAAUGCAGAGAUCUCGACGUUGCAGGAUCGAAUUAUUUCUGAACAAGAGAACUUGCAACGGUUGGAGAAAUCGUAUGCUCGGAUACAGAAACAAAAGCCUACCGAGCCGACGACAUGGCUUGCACAGCUACAUCGGCAAAUAUGUCAAAAAUUAGGAAAUAUGGCUGAUACUCACCCCAUAGGCCUGAGCAGACUGUUGCAUGCAGCGAAGAUGUUUAUCCUCCGUUUUCGAUUAAAGGCCGUCGGGAGCCUCUUGCGCAUAUCGCAAAUACCAAGCAACGGUUCGCAGGGAAACAAUGUGCAGAACCGGGACGAAAAGGCGGCUAUCAACAGUCUCAGUAAGGAUAUCAACAAUAGCACGUCACGGCUACAACAUCUAAGGCACGAAGCCGACAGAAUCAUUACACACGAAGAGCUCGCUAUCAAAAAAGUCGCCACGAUCAAAAAGCAGCUCACACAAGUCAUUGAGGCUCAAAAUGCACGUGAAGAGAAACAACAGCAGUUGACGCUCAAGCAAGAAAAGGUAAACGUGUACACGGAUUUGAUCAAAGAUGAGCAGUCGUCUUUGCACAUGUCACGUUCAGAGCACGACGCCUUGACCGCUACACAAAAAGACCUUGAAGUCAACCGUGAGCUCUUCCAAUUUUGGUCCUCUGCCCUGACGAAACGCACUCCUCGCGCCUCCUCGUCCUCUACCAGAUCCAAGGCGAAAACACCAGCCAACUUCCGUGACCACGUCCUCGGAAAGUCGAUUUCAGAGCUUAACGCGCUUCUCGUGCAAGUCCUCACAAUGCUAUAUGAUGACACACGCCACGCGCGCGACAUGGCGACGGGAAUGCUGCGUUCGCUGUUUGACUCUGACUCCAUAGACACCGAUAUGGAUGCUUCCAUCUCCUCGUUGGGCCCUGUUCUCGAUCCCAAUCUUGCUGUCAACGCCUCGAUCGCCUACGGGAAGCGCUCUGGUGGUGAGCGUAAGCGCGUCGAUCUUGCGCUCUACUUUGCUCUGCUGCAGCUGUCAUGGGCUAGGAGUGCUCACCGAGCUCACUAUCUACUGGUCGACGAGGUGUUUGACAGUCUCGACGAGGCGGGCCAAGCGGCUGUAGUCCGGUGGUGCGGUCUCAUGUCACGGACGGUGGGCUGGGUCGUGGUGAUUACACACAGCCGAUUCUUGGUCGAGCGAGAUCUGGGGGAGGAUGCAGACAAGCCCAUGGUCGUGAGGGCAAGAAUGGGACAGAAGGGAACAGAGCUGACUGUCGAUGGACGAAGGAUUGGAGUUUGA